GAUAGUGCCCUCGAUGGUUUGACACCGACAAAUAAAGAACAAUAAAUCCGUUUGUUGCACAAAAAAUACAUAAAUUUAAUCGCAAUUGAUAAUAAAGUACUGUGCUUACACAUACCAGUGCUUGUGCGUGUGCGGUGGCCGUCGGUGGAACAACAUUGUUAAUUAGAGCAUCGAAAUAGAAGCGUGUACAAAGUUGCGGAAUUAUCGUCGUGGUCGUGUCAUUAGAAAAAGAAGAGAAGAGAGCGAGCGAACGAGAGCCGCCGCGACACCAGCCACCAGGCCGCAGUUGCCGCAUUUGGCCGCCCGCACGCAUAAAAUAUGAUCAAAUUGCUACGAAAUUGAUUUCAAUUGGCGACUCAACAAAAGCAAACGAAACUUCAAUGUUUGGCGCCUGUAGCGAAUCUUGAGACUCAUUUGCACCCCUCCGAAAAGAACAAGCAACGGAGCAAGCCAAGUAAUUGAGUUUCCCCAAAGAAUGGCGCAGACAACACAGCCGCAGCAGGCAGCGCCACCGCCAUCAUCGGUCGGAGCAGGCACUGCGGCACCCGCAGCAGUCGGAUCAUCAUCAGCAGCAGCACAGCCAGUUGCUGCAACCACACCCGUGUCGAAUCCAUCCACUCCGCAGCCUCCUAGCACCAACAAUACCAACAACAACAACAAUAAUAGUGUGGUAACACCCGCUGGAAACAACAACAAUAACGUGAUGGCGGCACCCGUACAGGCCUUCACACCCGCCGGACAGCCGAUAUACAACCAGAUGUACAUGCCCGCUCAUGGAGGACAUCCGCAUGCGGGCGGGCACUAUGCUCCGGCCAUGGUCCAGGCACCUAUUCCGAACAACGUCUAUGUGAACAAUGUCACUGCCAAUGUGAAUCUGCAUGGCUGGCCGCACUCGGUUCCCUACAUACCCGGAGGAGGACAGGCCCACUACAUGCCCCACGGAGACAUGCCACAGGACCAGCAGGGCAAUCCAUUGAUGCAACAGCUGCAGCAGUUGCCCAUUAAUAUGGCUCCCCAGGGCGUCAGUCCCAAUCCGCAUAAUCCUGGCAUGGGUGGGCGCGGACGUGGACGUGGUCGCAGCCGUGGAGGAGGUGGCCUGCGACGCAAUGAUUACCAGGGACCACGUCACCUGCAACAGCAGCAGCAACAGCUGAUUCCCCUGUCCCAACAGCAACAACUGCAGCCGGACAGCGCCGGUGCUGGGGCACCGAACAUGCAGCUGCAGCCGGACCAUCAGCUGGUGGCCGGACCGCCCGAAGCGCAAAUGCAGCCUGUUCCCUACUACGCGCCCCACCAUUACGCCUACGGGCCGUAUCCUGCUACCUAUUUUGCACCGCAGCAUGCGGCCCUGCAGGCCCCACCCAAUGCUGCCGCAGCGGCGGCUGCCCAGCAGGUCACCGGCCAUCCGCUCUACAUGCCGAUGAUGUACAAUCCGAACCCCAUGUACAACUGCAUGGGAGGCUACGUCUACCAGCAUCUAAUCCCACAGCCGGAGUACCCAUACGUGCCCGAGGAUGGCAGCCAGGCGGGCGGCGUAGAUGAGCGUGGCCAGCAGCCGGACGGUGGCAUGCCACAGAUUUGGCAUCCCGGCCCCAUGUAUGCGGAGGAGUACGCCGACGUGCUUCAGCAGCAGCAGCAACAACAGCAGCAGCUGCAGCAGCAGGUCUCGCACCCGAAUGGAGUCCCUGGUCUCGGGGAUGAGCUCAACCACAACAGCUUCUCGCUGCCCUCCUCGGAAACGGGCAGCAUGCUGAGCCCCAGCUGUUCCGUCUACGAGGCGUCGAUCCAUGAGAUGCAGCACCAAAUGGGCGUCAUGCAGAUCUACGACGAUGGACAUAUGGCCUCCCUGCAGACCAUUCACCCGGUAGCUGGUCCAGUCCAACAGUACGAGGAUGAGCUAUCGGAAUGCGGUGUGGCACCGCCUGGUGCCAUUCCCGUGGAAUGGUCAGCCCAGAUACCAAUUGCCGGUCCAGCAGCCAUGUUGCCGCCACCUCCACAGUGGCAGGCGGGGCAAGAAUGGCAACAACCGCCAACAGUAACAGUGGCCAUUGAACAGCAGCAACCGCAAAUGAUUCAGGCGCAGCCACCACAAGCACCCACACCGACGCCACAGCAGCAACAGCCGCCGCCGCCGCCGCAUCAGGAUCAGCUGGUUGUUGAGAAAAAUUUGAUAAACAAUAACAAUGAAGUUCCUUUGGAGGAGAUUCUGAGCAAUGAAAAACAGCAGCAGAUCGAAAUGGAGUAUCAGCAGCAACAACAGCAGCAGCAGCAGCAAGCACAUCCUCCUCCACCGAAACAACAUCAGCAAAAGUUGACCCAACAAAUUGAGAAGCAGGCAACGAAAGUGGCUACCAAUUUGGUAGUGGCAACAGUGGCACCUCAGCAGCAACAGCAGCAGCAGCAGGCAGCACCACAGCAUCAUCAACAGCAACAGACAUCCCCAGUGGUGGUGCCUCAGCAGCAGCCACAGACCAGCUACCAGGAGAUGCAACAUCAGCCACAGCAGCAGCCACAGCAACAGCAGCAGCAGGCGCCACAGCAGCAAGUGCGAAAGCCGCCACAGCAAUACAAUCAAUCGCAGCAGCAUCAGGUGCGCCGCAAAUACUCGUCGGAGUACAACCACCAUCACCAGGGCGCAGGAGGCGGCAACAGCAGCGAGACGGGCAUACAGACCACAAAGACCAUGUCCUGGACAAACUCAGCGCAGCACAAGAAGUCUACGCAGUCCGUGUCGGUGACGGCAUCGCCCAACAAUGUGAACAACGGUCCAGGAGCUGCACCAGCAGCAGCAGGCGGCAGUGGAGGGUUCAGCAAAUCCGGCGGCUACAGUCAUACCACAAGGACGUACACCAAUCAGCAGCAUUACCAGCAGCAGCACUAUCAGAAUAAUUAUACGAACAACAGCAGCACCAGCAGCAAUAGCAGCAGCAGCGGUGGCGGCGGCAACAACAGCAGCAGUGGCAGCAACAAUCAACAACAACAACAGCAGCAGCAGCAGCAACAGCAGCAACAACAACAACAACAACAGCAACAGCCACAAGUGCGUACCUAUGGAACGAUGAAGGUGCCCUCGUCGCCGGUGGCAAGCAAUGCCCCACUGCUAGAGCGGAAGAACAGUCAGCAGGGAGGAGCCACAGUAGCUGCAGCAGCGACAACUACCUCAACGGCGAGCAUAACAGCAACGCCGAGCCAUUUCCAGCAGCAAGAGACGGGUAAUGCGACGGCAGCAGCACCUCAGCAGCAGCAAUCACAUUACCACCAGCAACAGCAGCAGCAGCAGCCACAACCUGCCACACAGCAACAAUAUGCUGCACCGCCAGCGGCAGCCACCAAGACCUACAGCAGCUAUGCGGCCAAGCGGCAGCAUACUGUGUACGAGCAGCCAGCCCUAAGCUCCGUGGUAUCCUCAUCCGCAUCCUCCUCCAAUUCCGCCAAUCCCCAACCGCCUCUAAAUCUGGCGCCGCCCGCACCACCCGCUUCGCAGAGCAACCAAAACAGCGCCGAGAGCUCGCAGCCCUCGUGGGCAAGUCUGUUUGCCAACAAGAAGCCAGUGGCCAAGGUGGCACCCUACGAGGCCAACAAACCAACGCCGGCAACGGCACCUUUAACAGUUAUACAGCCAGUGCUGCAGUUGGCACCGCCGCAGCCACAGCUACCGGUGCAACCACAGCCGCAGGCCACUGUACCCCAACCACAACUGCAGCCACAGCCAAAACUUCAGCCACUUUUGCCCGCGCCGACGGCUCAUCAGCAACUGCAACUCCCAGCGCCCGUGCCUGCGCCCAUCACGCCUUUGAUUACACCCGGAACGCUCUCCUAUUCGGCUGCCUCUGCACAGGCGAUGCCAGCGCCAAGUCCCUCGGCAUCUAUCAAACCACUGAAGCCAGAGCCUGCUGCGCGUCCGGCGGCCCAACUCGAUGAGUGGACCAGCAAAUAUGCAGAUUUCCUGACACGCCAAAAGACCAAUUUGGCGCCCAUUAGUCUGCGUCCGAGGGGACUGACCAAUCGCUCAAACUAUUGCUACAUUAACUCUAUACUCCAGGCGCUGCUGGGCUGCUCGCCGUUCUACAAUCUGCUGCGAUCGAUACCCAAGCAGGCGGCAGUCCUGAGUGAUGUGAAGACGCCUACAGUAAAUGCCAUGAUGUCUUUUAUGAGCAACUUUUUAUCGCUGCCCAGUGGCCUGCGUCUGCGUUUGAACACCCUCAACAAGUCGGCCCAGAACAAGGGCAAAGAUGAAUUUGCCGGCACGGACCUGCAGUGCGAUAUUGCCUUUGAGCCCACGGAUAUCUACAAGCUGUGGAACGACAGCCGCGAGGAGCAUGUCGAGGGUCGCCAGGAGGAUGCUGAGGAGUUUUUGGGUUAUGUUUUGAAUAAACUCAACGAUGAGAUGUUGGAGGUAAUAAAACUGAUUGCCAAGCCCGUACCUCAGCAGAAUGGCCAAGAGCAGCCGGAGCCUGAAGAUGGUGGUGAGGUCUGGCAGAUGAUCUGCAACAAUCGCAACAAGGGCAGUGUCACACGCCAAACAGAUUUUGGACGCACUCCCAUCAGCGACAUAUUUCGCGGAGAAUUGCGCUCCCGUUUGCAGCGUGAGGGAGAGCACUCCACGGAUGUGAUUCAGCCAUUCUUUACUCUCCAAUUGAACAUUGAAAAAGCCGCUUCUGUCAAGGAGGCCCUUGAGAUCCUGGUGGGUCGUGAUCAAUUAGAGGGCGUCACUGGCAGCAAGACCAAACAGGAGGUGGUGGCCUGGCAGCAAAUGACCCUAGAGAAGCUGCCAGUUGUACUGAUAUUGCAUUUAAAGUACUUUGAUUACCGAUCCGAUGGCUGCACAAAGAUCCUAAAGAAAGUCGAGUUCCCCGCCGAACUGAAGAUCGAUGCCAAGAUACUUGGCUCAAAGAAGACCUCCCAGAAGCAGCGUGCCUACCGCUUGUUCGCUGUGGUCUAUCACGACGGUAAGGAGGCCUCCAAGGGGCACUACAUUACGGAUGUGUUCCACACGGGGUACAACAAUUGGUUGCGCUAUGACGACAGCUCGGUGAAACCGAUUAGCGAGAAGCAAGUGCUGCAGCCGCAUACGCCGCGGGUGCCUUAUCUACUCUACUAUCGUCGAUCCGAUACCAUACAGCAUGCCACACAGCCGCAUCAGCAGCAGGCAAAUGGAGGAGCUGCAUCGGGAGGCGUUGUGGGAGGAUCAACAUCCAAUUCGGACGCCAAUAAGUGAAAGAAAAAUUGUAACAUAUAUCAGAUAUACAGAUAACUAUAAGUGCUAGGCGAUAUUGAGUGAGCGAGAGUGAGAGAGAGAGCGAGCGAGCGAGCGAGUGAGUGAAAGAAUUUGGUUUUUAGAUGCAUAUACAUAUACAAACAACAUUAGCGAUUAAGAUAUAUAUUCAAGUGGUAUAUUAAGCCAAAAGUCCAAAGCGCAUGUGUGCGAGAAGAGAAGAGUGUGAGUGAAGCAAGGAACCAUAGCUCUAAGCUUAGGAUUUAGCGAUUAAGAUGACACGUUGAAACGAAUUCGUUGUACAAAGAGUAGCUAGAGAGUGGCAGGAGAGAUCGUUGU